CUCACGAGGUUGGUGAAGGUCGACUCGACAGAUAUUAGUUAUGAAAGUAUAGUAUACCAUAUCACCCAUUUGAAACAAAGGGACACGUUAGAAGAAAGCAUUAACCGAGAGUUGAAUAACAACGGACCUCAGGUUGACGUUUCGUUACCGAUGGAAGAUACGGAAGGUGAUUUUUCCAAUUUGUACCGUGAUAUCAUCAGAACCGAAUCUGCUACAAACCAAGCAAACAAAGAGGUCAUCAAGUGCUAUUACAAGUUCGGGGAGGCUCUAUCGGAGCGACUAAUCCAUUAUGAAAGAUCUUAUCGACCGCGUGCGGCGGCUCAAAUUUUAGUUAAUAGGGAAACACGCAAACAACUUCCGAACGUUACCGAAGCGAAGAUCCACAAACUAUUUAGCAUUGGCGAGGAAUUGAUAUCACUUGUAUCAUUUACCGCAUCGGACCCAAAUUGGAGAAUGUAA